CAAAUCAGACGAGGCUCAAUAAUGCUCAAUACUAACACGGUUUAAGUAACCACGACACUUUUCUUUGGAAUGCAAAUUGCAAAUGUAAAAGCAGAUUACUCUUAAGGAAAAUCAUUAUAGUAUAUAUAUACAAGGGCCUCUCUCCCCUAGCUAGGCAGAAGAGCAAGUAGCUUGACAGAAGGUUACGUAAAAAAUUGAGCAUCGAGCAGAGCAAGGCAGAUUAAUUAAGAUAGCCACAAUUAAGACUAGACCUCGGAUCACCAAUUCCGGCCACGAAGCUGCAACCCUCACGGUUCUCUAAGUAUUUAAAAUAAUCAGCAACUUGCAAUCUUGCUGCAAUUUAGGGUUUCUUUUGCUUGAGAAUCCGCGCCGCGCCUAGACUAUUCUCUCUGGAUCAAUCUCCCACAAGGCCACAACGUACGCCUAUAAAUACCUUCCUCCCUUGGCCAUCAUUCAUCACUCACUCAACAAAGUAAAGACAGCAGUAGCAGCUAGUGAAGCAGAUAUAAUUAGUAGAUCGAUAUGGCUCUCAUCAAGGCUGCCUGCUUCCUCUUCUUCUUUGCUCUCCUCGAUUCCUAUGUUUCAGCUGUUGCUCCCACAACAGCUCCGGCGACUGUCGCUCCGACCCAUGCUCCGGUCACCCCGACUCCGGUAGCGCAUGCCCCACUGGCACCCGUAUCUGGAAACUAUUGUGUGGCCAAGUGCCAGGACAGGUGCAAGACCCACCCGUCUGCCAAGAGGUUCUGCCAGAAGAUCUGCACCAGGUGCUGCAUGAGCUGCAAGUGUGUCCCAACCGGUCCAAUCGGCUCCAACGCUGAGCAGUGCAAGAACUGGACCGCUACUCUCUACCAUGGCGUCCCUUACAAGUGCCCUUAAUUCAACUACUACUAAUAUUUCACAUAUCAUCACAACUUAUACUUCCAUAUAUGUGCCCCCUUAAUAUUAUUACCAUGAAAACCUACCUUAUUUCCCACACAGCCUUUAGUUUUCCAUUUCAUGUCUUGAAAGUUAUAGCUAAGUAGUUCGUUUUGAAGUCUCCAUAGACUUUGAUAUUGGGAUUCUAAUAAAAGCAAUAUAUAUGCAGUAGUAGUCCACUGAAUGUUAUCUAGCAUCAAUUGUUAGGCCAUGUCGUUUCAUUUCAUAUUUUGAUUUGUGUAAUUUGUCUUUGUUGCAAUGGGAAUAAAGAAUCUCAUGUUAGGUUCCGGUUACAAGGUGAGAUUCUCGCUCCCGGUGAGGCUUGUGAGUGAAGUCGGCCAAUUUUAGCCUAAUUCAUUAUUACUAGAUAAAUGGCCCGCGCUCCGCGGCGGGUAACUUCGUUUAGCACGUUGGUCCGAUCGAGAAAGUGGGUUGAGUGUUAAUGGUCCGACUUCUUUAAUCCGAUUUAACCUGGAUAUAUGAAAAAAUCAUUAUAUUGUUCAUACAUUUAUAAAUGAUAUCAAAUAUCAUCUAACACAUAAUUAAUAACAUAUAACAUUACACCAAAAUAACAUGUAGUAUUUGGAUCCAAAAUAUAAUGAAAAUUCACAUCAAGGUUGUCCAACCGGUUUAAGUCAUUGAGCCGGUCAAGCAAGGGGUUUGAGGUUUAUUGGUCUGAUUAGGGUCCGACCUGUUUAAACCGUUUUAUACCUUUUUAAAAUAUAUGUACAAAUAAGGUAGUAAUAAAAAAAAUUAAUGACUGAAAUGAAAUUUAAUCUAUUAAAAACUUAUUUCCUACAAAAUAAAACUUAUCUAACCCACCCACCAUCUCCCUUCUCUCUCUCUUCUUCUCCCUCUUUAGGGGGCAAACCGAGGUCUUUCUAGAGGCUAUUUUGAAGCCCGAUCUUGGUCCGACUGGGUCUAACCGAGGACCCAUUAGAGAUUUAACAACCUUGAUUCACACACUUAUGUAACAUUAAUGUUCAACUUAGCAUUCCAAAAAUUGUGUUAUGAGAAAAGGAAAACCAGAAAAUACUCGCAUUUCGCAAACCAAAUGAAAAAAAUGUCGUAGUUUGACCUCAAAAUUGGUACCUUGCAAUGGUCGACCUGGCGGGAGUGUGCGGUCCGUUUUCUCCACCAGGUCACCAAGAAAAUGGGUUUGAUGGUGAACUUCUAAGUAAACAGUAUUUGAUUGAUUUAGAAUAAAUUGAUUGAUUUUGCAAUUUGAUUUCGAUGAUCAAACUUAUACUUGGAAUUAGAAAUUUUAAUAUUGGUGUUUUAGAUUUUGAUUUUAUGGUGCAACUUGAAGUUGUACUUUUAACGUUAUGGUACAACCACAGAUUGAUAUAAACAAAAGUUGUACUUUUAUGUUAUGAUACAACUUGAAGUUGUACUAUAACAUAAAAGUUCAAAUUAGCUCAUGCUCUAAUUGUACUUUAAAGCCCCAUUGCGUUGAAGCAUAGUAGAAGUGCUCGUAGUAAAUGUUUGAAAUGAAUUAUAUCUUAAACAAUGUUGUAAUUAAGCUCCUUAGUCUUUUAAGUUCUUAAGAAUGGAUUUCAUAAUUAUUUAAAAUUCCUAGUUAAACUUUUGAUGGGUGUAUUAAACAUUGAAUUUGUAA